ACUCAGUACAUUCCUUAUCGAUCAUAGUAUUGCAACAUAUUUCUACUUGUACAAAAAUGGUGGAGGUAUCGUUUCACUUAUUAUGGUGAAUGUGCCACACGAAAAAUCAAUAGAGCUUAGGGUUGGUUAAAGGUAUUAUGACCCAGUGACCAAAUUGCACUUUGGAGGUUAUCGACGUUUCGUAUAGGGUAAGGGGAGAUGCAAAUUUGGUUUGACCUUGCCAUUGAUAUGAAACCGUCGAUCGUAUACGACGCAGAGCUAGAAAAUUUAUUUUUUUAACGUAGUCAACUUCUUGGUCAAACUACUAGAGGUGGUAGGUGGUUUUCCCUAUAGCCCCAAGGUACCCAAGAAGAAUAUAUAUAUGUAUCUGUAUAGGCUUUCGUCGUGGUACGAAGUAUGAAAAAACUUCGUGAUUUUCAGUUACUCUCAAUAAGGAUUCUGUUAUCAUAUGGAGCAAAAUACGUAGCAGCGUAUUAUCGAACAAACCCGGUCAAAUCUGCUAUUUUGUAACAAACGACAUUCGCAUCACCGAUCAGCAUACUCUGUUCACGUGCGAAUUCCGUCUUAUCACUAUUGUUAUCCUACAUUGUUGAUAAGCUUGAUAUGUGAUUGUGUAUACAUAAAUAAUUGGAUAGCUAUAAACAGAGCUAAAGUCCACAAUGGAGAAUUUACAUUUGGUAUUUUUAAACGAAGGUUCCUUAACUAUACAGGUUAACCAUAUGUGCAUAUAUAGUUGCAGCUUAAUCUCAGAUGUACGUUCGGGAGAAGUCGAAAGCAUUGGCAAUAAUUAUAAUUCAGAAACUAUCGAAUACAAAAAGUUCCUAUAAAAGAUUCUGAUAUAUAUAUCCACUUUUUGACACUGAUUUAGGAUAGAAAAUGAAUAUCUUUCUGUUUUGCCUCUGCGGUACUACUAACUUCACCGCAUUUCUUUUAAUCUUGGUUUAUAAUUCAAAUAUCUGGAUCUCCAAAGGCAGUGAUUUACCGCAGUACAUACAAAUACAUAUAUUCUUCUGCAAACAACUAAGUUUUCCAGUUUCAACACCGGUGGUCCAGUUCAUUUUCAUGAUCAUUGAUGAUCUCUAACCUUCCAAGAUUCUAAAGAAAUUACUUGAUCAUCCACUGAGUCUCAAAAUCCGGUUAUCAAGGUUUGGAAUGAUAUGACAUCUUGACUGUCUAGAUUCUAGACUGUCAGCCUUGGUGAAAUGGUAUCCUGCAGGGUUGUUAUUGAUUUUGUCAGCAACCAGUGCUGUCAUAUUUUGAUAGACCUUAUCCCUCUGAUAGACGAUUAUUUUACUCUGCUUUCAUCCGAUGCCCUACCUAGAUACCUGCCCAUUCCAUACUGAUGAUUGCAAAUAAGCAUGGAACAGCGCUAUACACGGUGCGCCCUCUUUGGUCGGACAUAGAAAGGCAGAAUUAUAACUUCCAGCGAUUCAACACCAACUGCAUGCAACACAUUCUCUAACAAUUUUCAAUUUCUCAAAGUAGCAAUAGCCUAAACGUACCAUUUGUUUCAGCACCCUCACCGCUAUCGGGUAACUUGCAAAUGUUCACUUGCACUGUUAACACUUACUGAAUGCACAUCUAAUAGGGUUUGUAAAAAUGACAACAUAGUCUAACCUAUUCACUUUUGUUUUAGCUCCCUCAUCAGUGUCCGGCAGCGUCGCACCAUCGGGCUCUCCCCUAAGCGGGGCGGGCAGAACGUGCAGCCCACCCGACGUCGUCUCAGCCGGGGGCGGGACCGGAACGGGCCCAGGCGGUGGAGGUGGAGGCGGGCAAAGCCCAAUGGCCGCCCUGAUGUCGGUGGCCGACCAAUUGCCCCCCGGCAGCCCAAGGUCCGCGCAAGGCAGUCCGCCCGCGGGGGCGGUCACCGGCGCGAAUGUUCUGGGCGCAGCUCAACAGCAGGCGCAAGGACAACAGCGGUCGGCUAGCAGAGGCAGUCAGCAUUCGCCGAAUUCGACAGGCUCAUCGAGCGGCCGCCGCUCGUCAGGCUCCCGUCACGUCUCUUCCACCACCGUCACCACCUCAUCAGAAGCUGGUCUGCCUUCGGGAGGCGGAGACUCGCUUCCAGGAGGCGGGGCUAACGCAGGACCGGAUACGCCCCAAUCUGCCGCUCAAGCCGCGGCCGCAGCGGCUGCAGCCACAUUGAAGUGCACUCUGUGCCAGGAGAGGCUGGAGGACACGCAUUUCGUGCAGUGCCCCUCCGUGCCCCACCACAAAUUCUGCUUCCCGUGCAGCAGGGAGAGCAUCAAGAGGCAGGGGGCUGGAUCAGAGGUAUACUGUCCAAGCGGAGAGAAAUGCCCUCUGGCCAACUCGAACGUCCCUUGGGCUUUCAUGCAGGGCGAGAUAGCCACGAUUCUGGGCGAGGAUUACAAAGUGAAGAAAGAGCGAGAGUCCUAGAACCACUACUGGAGAAGCACCGGUGGUACUGAAUAAAAUUUGUGCAUCGACUGCACCUCGGAACGACUGUUACCCACACGUCCUAGAUGAGGGUUGUUGCAAAACAACGGUUGCCAUGGAGUUGUGGAGAUGAUGAAACGAGAAGGCUGUGUCGAAAUAUAAAAAAAUAUAUUAUGUAGAGGUAGAGUUGUCAAGGAAAAGUGUAUAUACCAAUACAACAUCAUAACGCUAAGAGCAAAGAACCUGUAGCGUCUUGUUUCGGAGCUAAGAGGGCUCGAGAUUAAAUCUUUCCAUUUUGGACUUUUAUUUGUUUUGUUUUGUAUAUAUUGUAUAUAAAAAUUUAUGUACAAAGUUAUCGAUGUUUUGUUUUAGUUUUCUUGUGACUGGAUGCAGUAUUUUGAAAAAGUACUUUGCUGGUCUGGUACUACUAUUUAUUGGGUGAAGAAUAAGUAUGAUUUCUUUAAGUUCAUACUUGAAGUGAGAUAGCUGUAAAUAUUGUAUGUUCAUCAGCUACUGUUUUGGCGAGGCGCGCCAGGUCAAAACCACUUUUUUGAUGCUGAGCGUGAUUUUGUCCAUUCGAACAUCUAUUAUUUUUUGCUUUGACUUUUUUAUUUAUAUGGAAAAUAAUACACUAGUCAUUUAUUAUGGAGUGUAUACUCCAUAAAAUAGGAACUACAAAACUCGCUGGUAAUUUUUAAGAAGAAAUAUUUACAAAAAAUCUUUCCUUCGUAAACGUUCUUGUCAGUGAAUAAAUAUGAUGUGAAGUUAGGGCUGGGUAGGAAUUUCAGUAAAUUCAAAAGUAAACAAUAACUGCUUCAUAUGUUAGUAAAAUAUCGUUCUGCAGUUGAAAGUUCAAAACAAGUAUGCGUACAAUAAUUAAUUUCUCCUGUACAUCAGGCGCAUUUAAAAGACGUGAAUCCAGAAACUUUUAGACGAAAUCGCGUGGAGAUGCUGAUAUCGCAGAUAAAUUACAAAUUAAAUAAUUUAAUAAUAAAGGGUGUCUCAUUAAGAGCGCCUGAUUUAAUUUUCAAGAAAAACACAAUUUCAUUUCGAAUUAACCGAGUAUUUAUAUUAACGGUAACUCGCGGCGACUGCAUUUGUUGUUCGAUUAUUACACGAAGGUUUUCAGAACCCCAAAUUCGGCAGUUCUGAUUAUUGACGUACCCGUUCAGUUGAAAAUGUGCCUCAUCAGCGAAAAUGAUUUUCUUCAAGAAAUCCGCAUCAAUUUAGUGGUGCUCCAGCGCCCAAUCAACGAAUUCACGGCGCUGCGCAUGGUCCGUUGGCUUGAGUUCUUGCGUCAAUUGAACCUUGUACUCGUGGAAUUUCAGAUCUUUUGUCAAAAUUCGUUGCAGAGGGGGUCUGGUAAGGUUCAAUUCUUGGCCACGAUGCCGAAUGGAAGUGCCUGGAUUCUCGGCCACACUUUCCCGCACUGCGACUAUAUUUUCGAGGGACCGACCAAGACAGCGACGAACUGUGGUCUUCACAUUCAGCAACGUCAAUUUUGUCUCAUAUUUUGUAAUUGAACGGCGAACUGUCGACUCAUUUGGCGCAUUAUUGCGACCGAAAAUUGUAGGUAAUUUGCGAACUGUUUUCGCGUAAUUUUCUCUAUAUUUGUAGUGAGUUUUCACAAUAAUUAAACAUUGCUUGUUUGAAUACUGCUCCAUGACGUCUAAUCGCGUGGUCUGUACAUGACAGCUGUCAUCAAGUAAACACAAUACCAUUUGUAAAAAAAUGGCGGCAAAUUCAAAUCAGGCGCUCUGGUAGAGACACCCUUUAUAAUAUAAUAAUUUAAGUAAUGUUUUUAUAAUAUCAAACCUAGACCAUUAGUUUGGAAUGUUAAUGAAUAUUAUUUAAAUGUAUCGUGCAUUGCAAACCUAAGUUCACUUUUGCAAAUGCUCAGUCAUUUGGUACUAUGGAAAAAGUAUGUUUGAUUUGUUCUUCAUCUACAUGACUUUUUUGUUUUAAAUAAUGAAGACCCAGCACAUAUCAAUGACAAUUUGAAAAAAGCAAAUGAAUCAAUCAAAUUAUCUAAUUUGAUUUGCCCAGCCCUAGUUACAUCUCAGAUUUUUUGUCGGGUAGUAAUAACUGAAUGAAAAAACUUGUACAUUUAUACCCUUAAUAUGUAAUAUUCGAAGCAUAUAACUUUUUAUGUUUGUGCAUGUGUUUGAAUUUGUACUUUCCACAGAUGUUCAGUGAAUGAAUUAACUAAAUCCUUUCCUCUUACAGAAAAAACAGUGCUGCAAACCAAAAUAUAUUUGUUGUGUAUCAAAAGAAUGGUUACGCAUUAUUUAUACGACUUUUAAUGUGAAAAUGUAUUGCAACAUUCAAAUCAUCGAGCAAAUACUGUGGAAAGCAUGAAAUCAAAAUUUGUUUGCAAUGAACUUUAGCAGAUUACUUCAACACUGAUUUGACCCAGUCUUGCUAAUCAUUAUUGCAAUGAUUUUGUGAACCAUCAAUUUUAUUUAUAAUAUAAACUAAUGUAUAUAAAUUGUUACAUUCAGAAACAAUCGGAAUUAUUAGAUACUUUCCUUAGUAGACUCCAUUUUUUACAGACCUUUAAAAUAUAAGGCAAACACAUUGAAACAUUGUGCUAAGUGGCAAGAGUGGCAGUUAAAAGUAUUUUCAGUCAGGUAGUCAGUAAUGGAGUUUGCUAUUUUGUAACAUAUUUCUAUGUCUAGAACAACAUAGAAUUUUAGAAUUUUUAUAAGAUUACAGUUCAAUUACCACUGACUUGGGAAAUUUUGUAUAUGUUUGCUCUAUGUUAUUAUAGUUUUGUAUCUGCAUCAUCGUUUUUUAUCGUGUACACAUUAAAUCAUAAUAAAAUAAUUAGGCUAUAGGCGGAGCCAAAUAUGAAAAUUGCCCCCAAAUGUAUCUAAAUCUGGAUGGAUCCAAAUUAAGACCUUUUUUUGAAAAUAAUUUCUAUGGGCGUAAUUUGUUCGAACAAUUCAAAAAAAAUUCACUGAUGCCACCUUGUUAUAUCGUACAUAACCUAGAUGUCUCAUAGAUUUGUGGAACUUACAGGGUCGAGAAAUUUUUUUUUUAUUUUCUUUUGAAUUCUUGGUUAGGAAAUGAGAAUUUUGCAAACUUAAGAAUCCACUCCGGUUCUUAUUAGACCCACUAUUCAUUCAUGCAUUUUGCCCAUAAAUUCGCCAAAACGCAUUUUCAUCGAUUUAUCCGAUUUUUGACAUUUCAAGCGUAGCAUGUAAGUUGGCUGUGUUAAUGUGUCCCGGAAAAUUUCGAAAAUAGGAAAAGCCGCUUUAUCAUUUAUAACGAUUUUGGUCAGGAAAGGAAUACUAGGCUAAAACAAUAGCCCACUGUACGAGCGUAUUUGAAUUUUCACGUUCUUUCCAGCUCCGUUGUCAAAAUCAGAUUUAGUGUCAGAAAAAUCGCCUAAAUGCGAUAAACGCAUUUUCACCGGUUUUUCUCGAUUUGCUAACAUUUUUUGUUUAAAAUUGGGGAAGAUCGGUGUAAAUGCGUUUUUUCCGAUUUGUGGCGAUUUUCCGGCUAAAUAAUCACGACCUUGUUAGUGGAUCUUAAAAGAAAACACUGAUAUAUUGUGUAUGUUUAAGAUUGCAAAAUUUCCGAUACCUAACCAAAACUUCGAAAAAAAAAUUCAAAAUAUUGUUUCCAGGAGCUUAUACGUCCCACAAAUGUAUAAAAAAACGGUUAUCUAGGAUAUGACUAUGUAACAUCGGUGGUUUUUUAAUUUUUUUUAGCAAAAUUUCGCCAGUAACAGAUUUUAAAGAACGUCGCCCUAUCGAUCUGAAAAUCUGGCUUAGGUUUUUGAUCCAAUGUACCUUAAUUUGGAUUGAUCCAGACUGGAACACCGUUGUGGACAAUUUUGAUAUGUAGUUUCACCUGCACCUUUCAAAAUAUGAAAAUUUUGGAUUUAGAAUAUCACGUUAAUAAGUACAAAGAUAUCACAUAUAUUGCACCGUUUUAUAAUAGAUGUCACAAACGGAUCUUAUUUUGAAUUAUAUAACAAAUAUGUUGGUUAUAAAUCUACAGAUUUAUAUUUUCGACAAAUAUUGAACAUAUUUAUUUUCUCAUAUGACUUUUUAGUAUCAUAUCACAGCUACUUUAUUUUCUUUAUAAAAUGAUAAAUUUUCCUUAUAUUCAAAAAGUAUUUCGUAAGACUUGUUUAAAAGAUAAAAUCAGAUCUUGACUUCAUUAUAACAUAAGAGUAUAACAAUAUAUCGUAAAAUUGAGUUGAACAGUUACCUUAACAAAUAUCACGAUGGGUGUAGAGGUUGUUCUAGAAGAUGAUUUUUGUGGCCAUUUUGAAGAUGUGGCUCAGAAGAAACUUUGUAUUGACAAUGUCAGAUUUGUAUUAUGGUAUGUGUAGGUUGUUAAUUUGUAUAACAACACGUGGAAAAUCUAUUUGUUUAACGCUUGUACAAUCUAUGCAGUUAGUUGAUGUCGGAUAUACAUAAAUAAUAAAGAUUUAUAGAGUA